AAAAAAAAAAAAAAAAAAACCCAAAAAACAAAACAAAACAAAAAAACCCAAAAAUCCAAAACACCAAAAAAAAAAAAAAAAAACACCAAAAUGAAAAAACUCGCUAAAAAAAAAACAAAGGUUCAAAGGUGUACCAAAGUGGUUUAGAAAGACAUGGGGAGGGGAUGGGGGAGGAACAGAUCCACAAGAUCCAAGGCAAGGCUCCCAGUGGGACCUGGAAUGGGUCAAGAGGUGGCGAGUUAUUCCUGAGGAGGUGAGGAGGGGAUUGGCUCCCUCUCUGAUCUUGGACGUCCCCGCCUCCGCAGCGGUGUGGGGUGAUUCCGGUGGGUGGACGGUGGGGUGGGACGGCCUGAGAGCAGGAGCCCUGGGAGACGUGGCCCUUCCAGGUUGCCUUCGGUCAAGCCACAAGGGUCUUGCAGGGACCCGGCGGAGAAAGAGAAGGGGGGGCAGGCAUUGCCAAGCAUUGCCUUCAGGCAAUGGCCCGCCUACGGAUCUCCCGGGUGGGGGGGGGGAGGGAGGGAAAGGAUGUGCUGGCUGGCACAUGCCUGAGGCCCCAGGUCCUCGGGCAGCCAGCCCCACUGCCCACGGGGAGCGAGGCUGCCGGCUUUCUGGGGGCCCCUCCCCAGGCCCGGACGUCCUGAGAGCACCCGAGGAGGAGAGGAGCUGUGGACCGGCACCAGCGGGAUCUUUGGCCGGCUGGCCGCCGCCAUGGUUUCUGAGGCAGCUUUGGCGCUCUGCCUUCUCGGGGGCCCCUCUGGAUCUGCCAUGCCCGGGCAGCCCCCCACCGGGCCGCCCCUCGACCACACCCCACCCCCGCCACCGGGGAAAGUUGGGGGAACGCUCUACCUAGAGCCACCGAGCUUGGCCUGGGGGCUCCGGCCCCGCCCCGCCUCCCCACGUCUCCCCACCCCUCCCCGCCCCCUCCCCGAGUGUGUGGGAGGAGCCCACCCCUUGUGGGCUGAGGCGGUCAGGUGACGCCCCCGGGUGGGUGGGGCCGGGGCCCCGGCGCCCUAUAUAAGGCGGCGGCAGCCCUCCCUGGAGGCAGCGGGAGCCCGCGUCGCACAGCACCGCGUCGCACAGCACCGCGCCUGAGGGCGCUUCUCCGUGGCUGACCCUGAAGAGGAGGAGGCCCAAGUGCCAGAGCUUUCUCCCCUAGAAGACGCGCCCAGGCCAGGGAUCCCCGGCCCCCGCCCGAUCUUGCGGGCUGGCAGGCAUGGACAAGGCCAGCGCGUCGAGCUGGGACCAAGGGGGCGACCCAGGUCUGGCGGCAGAGACGGCAGCCGGGCCCUCGGGCCCCCGGGCGGCCCGCGGCGGUGAGCGGCCCGCGGACCGCCCGCAGGAGCUGAUGCGCGCCCCUGAAGAGGAGGCGGACACAGGCCGCGGGCCUCCUGCAGCCAAAAGGCUGAAAAGGGACACCGAGGGCCAGAGACCGAGGAACCCCCGAGUGGAUGAAGAGGAGGCCCAGAAGAUGCGAACCCUCGUGGCUUUCGUGCGCUGGCGGAGUAGGAACUAUACCAAAUAUUUCACAGUUUAUCUUUCUCCUAUGAAAGUAUUAAUCUUCUCAUCAUGGUGGUCUUGGUAAAUGGCGUGUUCUUUUGUGUGAAGUGGGUCUAAAGGACAACUCCAUCGUGUGAGCCAGACUGUUCCUCUACUUCACCCCAAUUCACUCCAGUUGCUUUAUAACCAAUCGCAACACAGAAGGCCCUCCAAAUAUAUACAAUUUUCAUUUCUCAUGUAUAAUUCAAUAAAUCUGUAGAGCAAAUGACAAUACUGUCACA